UCUAAGGCGUUUCAUUCUGCUGCGCGCUCUGAGCGGACGCGCCACCGUGCUACUGUCCGCCACUUCAUCUCACCCGAGCCUGUUUUUAUAUUUCUUCUGCAAUCAUAUCACUCCUUCUGUGCUGUGUGUCAAUCAACUUCAAUUUGCACGGUUAACGUGCAGUAACAUCAGCAUCUAUGGCGCUUAAUGGAUAUAUAUUGAUCGCUCUGUGCGCACUUUGGGGAGGGAUCAUCGCUCAGAGUGACCAAAUAAUCUCAUUCAGAGAGUGUCCUGUGGACUUGUUCUUUGUGUUGGACACGUCUGAAAGUGUGGCCCUCAGAGCCAAACCUCCAGAGUUUUACAUCAACCAGCUCAAGACCUUCACAAAGCUGUUCAUUGAUCAGCUAAAUAACCUACCACAACCAUGUGAUCGCAGUGUGACGUGGAAUUCUGGAGCACUACAUUACAGUGACGACAUUGAGCUGGUGAUGGGACUAGUUGACCUGAAAACAAAGCGUCAAGACCUGAAGGCGGCAAUAGACAAAAUCAAAUACAUUGGCAAAGGAACAUACACCGACUGUGCCAUCAAGGAGGGUAUCUCCGAGCUGCUCCGAGCGGGCUCCCAUUAUCAUGAGAAUAAGUACAUAGUGGUGGUCACGGAUGGUCACCCUGUGACCGGCUACAAGGAGCCAUGUGGUGGGAUCCAAGAGGCUGCCAAUGAGGCACGACAACAUGCUGUCAAAGUGUUCGCUGUGGCCAUCUCACCUGACCAGGAGGACACCAGACUGUCUGUCAUUGCAACAGAUGCGAGCUACAGACAGAACUUCACCGCUGCAGAUCCCUCCCGCUCCUCACAAAUGAGCACUAUAAACACCAUCAUCAGUAUGAUCACAAACGAAACAAAGGAUGUGUGCUGCUCUUUUGACUGCAACGCUCCUGGAGGCCCUGUAGGACCCCCUGGGGAUCCAGGACAAAGAGGAGAGGAUGGAAGACCAGGCAUGCCAGGAGAGAAAGGAGAUGUUGGUCCUCCGGGAAAUGUUGGUGAUCCUGGUCCUGUCGGAUACCAAGGAAUGAAGGGAGACCAAGGAAUAAGAGGUCAUAAGGGAGAGAGAGGACAUAAAGGCUUCAAGGGAGACAAAGGUCAACAUGGUCUUGAUGGUGUUGAUGGACGUAAGGGUGAGGCGGGAUUCCCUGGUUUUCCAGGCUGCAAAGGGUCACCGGGGCCUAAUGGCUUGCAAGGAGAACCAGGUCCUAAAGGAGACCCCGGCCAAUAUGGACCCAAAGGACAAAGAGGAGAUCCUGGCAAAGACGGUGAACCAGGAAGACCUGGAAACUAUGGGUCCUCAGGGAUAAAGGGAGACAGGGGUCCUCGUGGAGCCAAUGGCGAUAAAGGCGAGCGAGGAGAUGACGGACUACCAGGACCAGAUGGCCCAAGAGGAGAGAGAGGCACACCUGGUGAAAAAGGUGAACAAGGUUCCCGUGGUAACAGAGGGCCCAGAGGUGACCCUGGUGAACCCGGGCCCCGGGGUGAACAAGGACGUGAGGGGUCAGCAGGGCCAAACGGAGAACCGGGUGCGCCAGGAAGGGUAGGGUCCCCAGGUUAUCGUGGUGAUGAAGGUGCUACAGGGCCCGAGGGAACCAAAGGGCCCAGAGGAAUCAAAGGGGCCCCUGGAGAUAGAGGCCUGAUGGGAGAGAGGGGUGAAGACGGACCUCCAGGAAAUGGAACAGAGGGCUGUCAUGGUUUCCAGGGUUAUCCUGGGCCCAGGGGAGAUCCAGGAGCACCUGGUGGAAAAGGAACCCCUGGACCCAAGGGAGAUGAUGGAGAGCCAGGUGACCCUGGACUAGAUAAUGACAAACCAGGACCACCUGGGCCUAAAGGAGCCAAGGGUCACAGAGGGCCUGAAGGAAAUUCUGGACCACCAGGACCACCUGGGCCGCCAGGAGCUGAUGAAUGUGAGAUUCUGGAUAUCAUCAUGAAGAUGUGCUCUUGCUGUGAAUGCAAAUGUGGACCCCUGGACAUUGCCUUCAUUGUGGACAGCUCUGAAAGUAUCGGGGCUUCUAAUUUUGCCAUCGCUAAAGACUUCAUUGUGACGGUAAUGGACAGGCUCAAGGUCAAGUUUGGUGCCAAUGAGUCUCGUAUUGGUGUGGUGCAGUACAGCGGUGCCAAUGCUCAGGAGGUUGUACAGCUCGGUGACCCCAACAUUAAGACCUUAACAGACCUAAAACAAGCCGUGAAAGACUUCCGCUGGCUGGCUGAAGCCACAUACACUGGAGAAGCUCUGCAGUACUCGCUAAACAACAUGAUUAACAAGCUUGUGACGGAGAGGAGUGUGGUCAUUGUCCUUACUGAUGGACGCUCUGACACCAUAAGAGACAAAGUACCCAUGAACGUGCUGUGCGGCAAGGGACUGAAGGUUGGUGGUGUUGGAGUGGCGGAUUAUGCAGAAAGGCAGCCCAAUUCAGAACAGCUUGAUGAGGUUGUGUGUAAAGAUGAUCCCAGAACAGGCUUCUCCUUUGUCUUAAACAACUUUGGUAUUCUUCUGGAUGACAGUUUCCUGCAAAACCUGACUGAGAAGAUCUGUGAAGACAAGAAGUGUCCUAGCUUUACUUGUCCAAUUUCAUUUAAUGACAACACCGAUGUCCUCAUCAUGAUGGACAGCUCAGCAAGCGUGGGCUCCAAGAACUUCGAGAUGACCAAGGAGUUCGCACAAAUGCUGGCUAAGCGCUUUUUGUCAGCAGAAAGAGGAAGCUUCCAGGUCCGGGUUGCUGUUGGCCAGUACAGCAACAAUGCCAACUUAGAGGCCGAAUUUUCCUCAAACAUCACCCAUGUGGUCGCUGAUAUUACAGGGGCAAAGUUCCAGGAUGCAGGUACACAGAUAACAAAUGCUCUCACCUUUGCCAUUGAGCGCCUCAGGGGCGGCAGGACGAGGAAGAAGAAGCUGCUGGUGUUUUCGGAUGGUCGUUCCCAAGGCGUCAGCAACAACCAGAUUGAAAAAUCCGUGGAACAGGUGAACAAUGCGGGCAUUGAGCUGUAUGUGCUGGCCGUGGGCAACCAGGUAAACGAGAUGCACCUGCGCACCUUGGUGAGCCGAGGACGGCCCUAUGACAAUACAUACGCCUACCGCCACCUUUUCAAAGUACCUGACUACCGCUCAUUGGUCACUGGGGUCUUUUACCAAACUGUAUCCCGUAAGAUCUCCCUGGAGUCGAGGGGGUGAUUAGAUAGUGGGAGGGGUUCAGGAAUAAAGGCGGUGGGUGGCAGUAUAGCACAAGCUUUGAUUGUUUUUGUUUUUUGUCUGUUUUCCAUGUGAAUGGUAUAUCUGAACUUAAAAGAGUUUUCAUAGUCUCUUACAUUUCAUAAAAGACAGUAAAUGAUUGUGUCGGAAUUCUUAAAAAAUUAUUUUCAUAUCACUUAUUUCUUUGUAGGUAAAAGGAUUUAUCAAGUCGUUUCACAGAUUACAUCAGUGUUGGAGUAGGUUCUAGAGCUUUGACUAUAUGACUGUAUUAAGUUGUCCAUGACUGCCAGAAAUUUGCAUUAAAUAAUAUAUCCACAGGGCACAAAAUUAUUAUUUCAGUGGAAAGGAGCUGAAAUAUCUCUUAGAUAUCAUCUCUCUUUGAUGAUGCAGACUUCUUGCAAUCUUGCAACCAGGGUCCAAAAUGAACACAUUCUAAUCAAUCAAUCAAUCAAUCAAUCAAUCAAUCUAUCUAUCUAUCUAUCUAUCUAUCUAUCUAUCUAUCUAUCUAUCUAUCUAUCUAUCUAUCUAUCUGUCUAUCUGUCUAUCUGUCUGUCUAUCCUUUACAAUAUAUGUUUAUAUCUACUGUCAAAUAGACUUGGAAAUUAAAAAUAUAUAUAUAUUUUGGACCCUACUUGCAACCAAGUCUUGCAAUUCUUUACUUGCAUUAGUCUGUGGUACACUUAAUUGUUGCCAUUAAAAAUAAAACUUGAAUAGAAAUUUGGUGCUACACAUGUAAACACUACACUAGCUCCUUUAGUCAUUCAAAUGCAGGUUUCUUCAAAAUUGUUCUUUAUGACUUUAACCAAAGAGUUUACCAAUAGGCUUCUCAUGUCAGAAAUGUAUUUGAGACCAGCCCCAGGGCUAUUGUAAAGGUAUUUGAAAUAAAGGAUGCUACACCCCACCACUAA